AAGUAAGUUUAGCGGGGAUCGGUGACCGAGAAGACUCUUAAAUCGUCGUGUACGCGCACGAUUGGCAAAAAUGCCGCAAAUGGUAGUGAACGACGAGUUGGAAAAAACGUGCGAAUCGCUACAAUCCGAGGACAAGUUUCGGCGCAAACGAGCCCUCGAGGAGAUCUGCGCGAUGGUCGUGGCGGCAGCGAACGACAUCGAGACGGGGGAGAAGCGCGACGGCGCGAGCGAGUUCCAGCUGGCCCGGCUCUGGGAGGCGUUCCAUCGGCCGCUGGUGCGCACCCUGCACGACCCCUCGGAGGCGUGCCGCGACCUCGCCCUCGAGGCGCUCAAAAAGUUCCUCACGAAUCUCGACUGCUCGGACAAGAACAUCGUGUACGUGCUGCCGAUCCUGACGAAGCGGCUGGGCUCGCAGGAGCUGCUCGAGACGUCGGAGGAGGUGCGCCUCAAGAGCAUCGGUCUGCUGCGGGCUCUCGGCCAGAAGUACGGCGAUCGGCUGUCGAGCCACUUCGACGACCUGCUGAGAAUCCUGGCCCGCGGCGUCUGCGACAAGUAUCCCGAGGUGAAGCGAGCCAGCUGCGAGGCCAUCCAGGAGUUCUCGCACAGUCUGGCCGCGGAUUUCUAUCAAAAGUCCGACCUCCUGAUCAGGCCGAUUUUGUCGAACCUGACGCACCGACACCACAAGAUUCGGGUGAUGAGCGUCGAGACGAUCGGCCGACUCGUGCUCAAUUGCAAGAACAACCAGCUGGACCUGGUGGCCAAUCAACUGGCCGAGCGAUUGUUCGACCAGUCGGGCGCGGUGAGAGCGGCCGUGGUCGAGGUGUCGGGCAAGAUGCUGCUCGAGCUCAAGGACCGCUACAGCUGGUGGUUCAAGCUGGUGCCGCUGCUGCUGACCGGGAUCAACGACGUCGUGGCCGAGAUACGCGAGAGGGCGAGCGAGCUCUGGCUCCAGGCCGGCAAGCAGUACAUCAAGGAGAACGAGGAGGACAGCCGCUUCAAGGAGAAGCUCGAUUAUUACGACGAGGAUUUGAAACACUACCCCAAGCACAUCACGCGACCGAACUUGGGCUGCCGCGAGAUCGUCCAGCGGGACGCGACGAAGCUCUUGGCCGCCAUCGGUCGCGAGCUCAACGACUGGAUGGCCGACGUGAAGCUCAGGGCUGCCCAGCUGCUCUGCCUGGUCGUGCUCAACGUCGAGGUCGACAUGGUCGAGCGCAUCGCCAAGAUCUUGCCGGCCAUGUACAGGGCCUGCAACGACGAGGACCCGCGGGUCGUCGAGAACGUCGAGCUCGCGGCCGAGUACACGGGCUACUUCGUGCCGCCGCAGAACUACCUGGACGUGGCGAUGCCGAGCCUAGAGGAGGGCCCGAGUCCCGGCCACCUCAAGGUCCUGGCCGCGCUACUGCGAGGCAGUCCUCGCGAGGAGCUGCAGCCCCAGCUGGAGCGAGUGGCUCGCCUCCUGGGACAGAGCCAGCUGUGCCGGAGCCGCAAGCCCCGCUACCAGCUGGCCCUGCUCGACUGCUGCCGAUCGCUGCUGCGCGUCUGCCGGGAGGACUGCGCGCCCUCGGGCCCGGACCUGUUCGCCGCCUGCUUCGUCAACUUGGCCUCCGCCGGAGGCGAUAUUCGCGUCGAGGCUCGGGCGCGGGAGGUCCUGCGGAGCCUGGCCGAGGCCGAGGGCCGCGACUUGCCGAGCCUCUACGAGGAGCGCCUCGAGUCCGUCCUCGGCUCCCUCGAGCGAAGCAGCGAGCAACAGCCGGAAGACUGGAGCAUCGACUCCUACGAGUUUCUCCUGUUCCAGACGUGCCUCAGGGAAGCCCCCGGGGCCAGCCAUCGCUACCCGCAGCUCGUGCGGCCGAUCUUCGAGAGAACGAGCCGCGAAGAGAGCGACCAACAGCUGCGCCUCAGGCAGUACAUCUUGCUCUCGAGCUACCUUCAGCAGUGGAGCAGCCAAGCCAACGAGGAGGAGGAAGAGAAAAGGAAAAAAGACGAGGAACUGUUUGUGAGCUUCAGCAGCGGAGUGCUGGAAAACGUCAUCCUAGUCGGUCUGGAGUGGCGAGCCGGUCGAGCGCCGGAAGCGACGCGCAGCGCCUGCCUCGGCUGCCUGUGCGCCCUGCUGGAGUGCGUCUCGGAGCGGCGCGACUCGAGCGAGAAGCGCCUCUCGGAGCUCGGCCUCCUGGACAAAUCGUCGACGCAGCUGCGGAAGCUGCUCGACGACGACUCGGCCAAGAGCCGACUGUACGCGCUGCGCGGCCUCGUGCUGCUCUUCGAGAUCGGCCAGAGGAUCGGUAAGCUCGACGUCGAGCAGCUGCACGCAGCGAGCGCCGAGCUGGUCGAUCGGCUCGAGGACAAGAGCGACGAGGUGCGCCUGGCGGCCACCGAGGCUCUGCGCCAGCUCUGGCAGGUCUUGCCCAGCGACUACCCCAUGGACUUUUAUUACGUUCAUCUGCAGUACGCCAUGACCAAGAGCCUGACGCAUCUCGAUGAUCCGGCCGAGCAAUUUCAGAGUCGCCUCAUGGAGUGCCUGCGGGAUCUCAUGCGGCUGCAUCCGGAAAUGCUGAUCGACAAGAUAAAGGAGUCGAGGGAAAACUUUAUCAACCAAAAGGCUUUGGACGAGCUCGAGGAGUCCGCCAAGAAGCUCCUGUUGGACAAUAAACAGAAAUGAAC